CCAUCUAUAAAAACAUUAUUGAUGAUUCUACAGCCCUAAAUUGCGUAAACGGUGAGCCGGUGUGUCCCUUUAAAAACGUCGCUUUCGGUUUAGCCAGCUGCAGCUAUGGUAGUUUUACUUGCGAACUACUGCAUAUAGCUUUUGAACCAAUUCAACAAUGAGUUCAGUGAGAUCGCAGAAUGCGGAGACACAAGUUACAGUCAUUGUGAUUGGAGCUGGUGAAAGAGGACAACUGUAUUGUCAGUAUGCAUUGGAAUUACCAGAACGGUUGAAGGUUGUAGGAGUUGCAGAUCCUAAAGAGUUCUCUCGGAAUCAUCUGCAGAAACUUCACAAUAUUCCAGAAGAUAAAGUGUUUGAUGAUUGGUCUAAGGUGAUUUCCUAUGGGAAGUUUGCUGAUGCUGUGAUAAUCACAACCCCUGACAAGUUUCACAGGGAUAUUGCAGUGGCUUUUGCAAAUGAAGGCUACCAUAUCUUACUAGAGAAACCAAUGGCUACUACAGAGCAGGGUUGUCGUGACAUUACAGAGGCUUGUCUGCAUAAUGGUGUCAUGUUAUCAGUAUGUCAUGUGCUACGCCAUUAUCCUCCAAUGCGUAAGAUAAAGGAAAUGAUUGACAGUGGAGCAGUUGGAGAGGUCAUUAAUAUUCAGCACAUUGAGCAGGUUGGGUAUUGGCACUUUGCCCAUUCCUUUGUUCGUGGUAAUUGGUGCUGUGAGGAGAAAUCCACAUUUUCUCUUCUUGCUAAAUGUUGUCAUGAUGUGGACCUUUUAUCAUGGUGGAUGAACAAAUAUAGAUGCACAAAGGUGUCAUCUUUUGGAUCUCUAAGCCACUUCAGAAAGGAAAACAAACCCAAUGGAGCAUCUUCAAGGUGUCUUGACUGUAAGAUUGAACAAGACUGCUGCUACUCUGCCAAGAAAAUAUACCUGGACAUGCACAAAAGGGGGAUUUCUGGCUGGCCAGUAUCUGUUAUUUGUGAUACACCAUCAGUCAAGUCAAUUACUGACUCUCUACAGCAUGGCCCAUAUGGACGCUGUGUAUAUGAUAGUGAUAAUGAUGUAUGUGAUAAUCAGGUUGUAAAUCUGAGUUUCAGUGGAGGUCAAACAGCUACACUCACAAUGGUUGCCUUCACAGAGAGUUUAUGCCAGAGAGUCGUAAGAGUCUUUGGAACUAAGGGUGAAUUGAAUCUAAAUGCUGAUGGUCAACUUCAACUCUAUGAUUUCCUGAGGCAACAGACAGUGGAGGUUCAAGUGGAGACUCCUAUUGUGUUAUCUGAAGUUCAGAAAAGCUUGUCCAGUCAUGCUAUUGCAGAUUAUCUUCUAAUGGAUAACUUUGUUGAAGCUGUAGCGAGGAAAGACCCUUCUAUCAUAUCUACUUCUCCAGAAGAAAUACUGACCAGUCACUUGUUGGUCUUCCAGGCAGAGAAGGCAAGACGAGAAUCGUGUGUGAUUUCAUUGGAUGACCAUUGAUUAAGAUUAAAGAUUAAAAUUAUAAAUAUUUAUUGUCAUAAUAAUAACAAAUGAAAUGUGUCUUCCCAGUGUAAAAAAGACUACUACAUUACAUACAAGAAAGGCAUAACAUCAAUAGACACUAGACAGUAUAUGAUUUGAGGCAAUGCAUGGUAAGUUAUCAAUAUAUAUUUGGUUUUACAACAAUAGACAACACAAAUAAGGUUACAGUUUACAGAUAUAUACAAAUAUAAAGAUAUGGGAGCAUGUAAAUGCACACUUAAAUCUACAUGAAGUCCCGUGUACACACAUGAUUCAACUUAUUGACCAAGGACUGACCCAGUAGAGAAACUGGGUUAGCCUACAUCUGCCCCAACUGGCAAAGGUUGUUGGUUCUUGUCAAGUAAUGGUUCUAAAACAUCAACAACUGGCUUUAUUUUCCUUCACAUGAAACAUAGGUAUGGAAUUUGAAACUUCUGACAUUCCUGGCAGUGACAUAACUGGUGCGGGGGGGGGGGG